GUCCACUAGCAACCUUCUAAAAUCACAAUCAGCAGCCAUGGGAGAGGUUGAUCCAGCUUUCAUCCAAGACCCCGAGCACAGGCCAAAACUCUCCGCCACCGAAGUCGAAGGCAUACCGUUGAUCGACCUCUCUCUGAUAAACUCUCCACACUCCGUUACCGACCCCAGAGUCUUUGAAGGGCUUGUUGCAGAAAUAGGCAAUGCAUGCAAGGACUGGGGUUUCUUCCAAGUGAUCAACCACGGGGUUCUGUUGGAGAAGCGCCAAAGGAUCGAAGCUGCUGCUCGGAAGUUCUUUGCGCUGCCUUUGGAGGAGAAGAGGAAGAUUAGAAGGGAUGAAGGGAAUGUGUUGGGUUAUUAUGAUACCGAGCAUACCAAGAAUGUCAGGGACUGGAAGGAGGUGUUUGAUUUCACUGUGGAAGAGCCUACGUUAGUCCCGGCUUCGCCUGACCCGGAGGACACGGAAGAGACGGAGUGGUAUAACCAAUGGCCGGAGUAUCCUCCUGAACUAAGGAAUGCUUGUGAAGAAUAUGCUCGAGAAGUCGAAAAUCUAGCUCUAAAGUUGAUGGGAUUAAUUGCCUUGGGCCUAGGCUUGCCGAAAGACAGGUUCAACAGCUACUUCAAAAACCAAACCAGUUUUCUCAGACUCAACCACUAUCCGCCUUGCCCUUCACCUCAGUUAGCUCUCGGCGUUGGCCGGCACAAGGAUGGCGGUGCUUUGACAGUGCUGGCUCAGGAUGAUGUUGGAGGGCUGGAAGUGAAGAGAAAAACAGACGGAGUGUGGAUACGGGUUAAACCUACCCCAAACGCCUUUAUCAUCAAUGUCGGUGACGUUAUUCAGGUUUGGAGCAACGAGAGAUACGAAAGCGUGGAGCACAGGGCGAUGGUGAAUUCGGAGAAGGAAAGGUUUUCCAUUCCCUACUUCCUCAACCCAGCUCACUACACACAAGUCAAGCCAUUGGAGGAGCUGAUCAAUGAACAAAACCCUGCUAAGUACAAGCCCUACUGCUGGGGAAAGUUUAUUACUCACAGAAAGCUCAGUAACUUCAAGAAGCUUAACACCGAAAACAUCCAGAUUUCUCAUUUCAAAAUAUCGGAAUAAUUUGAUUCCAAGGAGAGAAUGUCAUUUUAGCUUCCUGCACAUGCCAUGCUGUGUAUAUAUCCAUCCAGAGAAUAAUACCUCCUCCUGUGUUUAAAUUUAACUACGAAGCUAAAAAAUAUAUCAUUUACCUCCUUUAUAA